ACACGGGCUGGGCCCAGCUAUGCGAGGUAUCUGGGGCUCGGCCACCAAGCCCAGCCCUCAGUCCCCGCACUCGUGUCCUGAGCCCACGAGAACGGCUAGCUGGAGCCCAGGCAGCGGGGAGAGUAGGUCCUCCUGGAUCAGGAGGGAUAGAGCACAGGGACCAAAUCCGCCUCUUUGCACCCCAACUUCUCACAACCAGACCCCCUUUCCCCCUGAGAGUCUUCCUGCCGCUUGCCUGCACUCAGUCUUUCUGGGAAAGUAACAGGAAACUUUUCCCAGAUGAAGAGAACACACCUGUUCCUCGUGGGGGUCUACCUGCUGUCCUCCUGCAGGGCAGAAGAGGGGCUCAACUUCCCCACGUACGAUGGCAAGGACCGUGUGGUAAGCCUCACCGAGAAGAACUUCAAGCAGGUUUUGAAGAAGUACAGCUUACUCUGCCUCUACUACCAUGAGCCCGUGUCAUCAGACAAGGCCAUGCAGAAACAGUUGCAGCUGAAAGAAGUCGUGCUGGAGUUUGUGGCCCAGGUCCUGGAACAUAAAGAUAUAGGCUUCGUGAUGGUGGAUGCCAAAAAAGAAGCCAAGCUUGCCAAGAAACUGGGUUUUGAUGAAGAAGGAAGCCUGUAUGUCCUUAAGGGUGAUCGCACGAUUGAGUUUGAUGGCGAGUUUGCUGCUGAUGUCCUGGUGGAAUUUCUCCUGGACCUAAUUGAGGAUCCCGUGGAGAUCAUCACAAGCAAACUGGAAGUCCAAGCCUUUGAACGCAUUGAGGACCAGAUCAAACUCAUUGGCUUUUUCAAGAGUGAAGACUCGGAGUAUUACAAGGCUUUUGAAGAGGCAGCUGAACACUUCCAACCUUACAUCAAAUUUUUUGCUACCUUCGACAAAGGGGUUGCCAAGAAAUUAUCCUUGAAGAUGAAUGAGGUGGACUUCUAUGAGCCAUUCAUGGAGGAACCUAUUGCCAUCCCUGACAGACCUCACACAGAAGAGGAGCUCAUGGAGUUUGUGAAAGAGCACCAAAGACCCACCCUGCGUCGCCUGCGCCCUGAAGAUAUGUUUGAAACAUGGGAAGAUGAUUUGAACGGGAUCCACAUUGUGGCCUUUGCAGAGAGGAGUGACCCAGAUGGUUACGAGUUCCUGGAAAUCCUGAAACAGGUCGCCAGGGACAACACGGACAACCCUGACCUCAGCAUCGUGUGGAUUGACCCGGAUGACUUUCCUCUGCUUGUUGCCUAUUGGGAAAAGACUUUCAAGAUUGAUCUAUUCAAGCCACAGAUCGGAGUGGUGAAUGUGACAGAUGCGGACAGCGUCUGGAUGGAGAUCCCUGAUGAUGACGACCUGCCCACGGCCGAGGAGCUGGAAGACUGGAUCGAGGAUGUGCUUUCCGGGAAGAUAAACACUGAAGACGAUGACGAUGAGGAUGAGGAUGACCGGGACAAUGACGAAGAUGACGAUGACGACAAUUCUGAUGAGGACAACGACGACAGUGAUGAUGAUGAUGAUGAGUAGCCCCCCUCUGGAUGAUGGAUGAAAGCAAAAUCACAGCUACACACGGCCAUGCAGACAGCCCCGGCGCGAGCAGCCCACAGCCCCGGCUGCGGUGUCCGUCCACCUCUUCCCCCUUUCCCAGCCCUUUCCCCAUCCCCUUCUCACCGGGAGCGGUACCAUUCAGCAAAUGUCUCUAAACCCAGUAAUCCCACUCAGAGGGACAAGUGGGGGAAUUAUUGCCACAUGGACUGUCUCGAGUGUCUUGGAAAAGCUCUCUUUCUUUGCCAGACCGUCCAUCAGUGGUCCUGGCAGUGCUGGAAAAUGGUGGUCUGGGGAAGAACAGCCCCCUGACACCGCUGCUCAAGUUUCCUUGUUGUCUUUGAUGUGACGGUAACAGGAUCAACAGGUGGCAAACUCAAAGCAUGGAGUGACCUUAUAGUCAGAGCCGGGAGACCUGAAAUGAACCCACUUGGCCCCCGUGCCUGGAGCAUCAGUGAGGAUCCCUCCUCAAGGCAACGGGUUCUCUCCUAGGGAAGGCUCAGCCUUGGAAAGGAGGUUAUAAAUCAGGUUAUCUUGGCUCUGUUAAACUUACUAUUUCAAGGGUAGGUGACACCAUUAUGAGCUCAGAUCCAGGUGCUUGGAUAGCUCCCGGGAGGCCUUGAAACCCAUAGGUACAGACGUCACCAUCAUUUCUAGUAUGUUAGGAUGUGGGAUGGCGGGGCUGAUUUGCUUUCUGAACUUCCCUUUAGGGACAAAUCUUGCACUCUGCACGAGGGGGUGGAGGAACUGGAAGGAUUACAGGUUUCUAAUGUCUUCUUCAUGCCCCUGAUUGAGUCAGCUGGCCUCCUAACCUGAGCGGGGUUCUGUAUACCCUUCUCUGCUCAUGAGCCCUCCCAUGGGGAGAGAAAGUUGGCUUAUCCAGAGGCCAACCAGUGCUCCAUUUGUCAGCCCUCCCACACUAGCACAGAACAAUAGCUAGAGUUCAUAAGGGUGCCUUCCGGCACUGAGAGAAUCCCAAAGUGCCUUCAGAACUAUCUAGAAGUUACAUUGUGCUCGGUAGUUUUAGCAUUAAGUGUGCAUUAUAACGUUCUAAUUUAUUUUCUCGAUCUUUUAACACAUGUGUAAGACACUGUGCAAAUGCUUUGGAAAUAGAGUAAUCCUUUUAUGGAAUAGUAGCCAACUAACUCCGUCAUUAAACUUAUACUUUGAAAAUAC